AUGAAUGUUUUCAUAGUAGGGCUUUUUCUGAUUCUUCUGGCAAAAAGCUGCCAUGGCCAGUGUCGACAUUGGUUGACUCCCGAGUUACACUACUUUGACGAUAACAAGGAAACGUCAGCAGGAACAUAUGGUUCUGGGACGUUCAGCAUCGUUGGUCUGCCGGCACAUCAAAGUUCAACGUAUCCCGGACUGUUAGCUGGUAACGCAGUGGACGGCAGUAGUUCAUCAAUGAUCGGCUCUUGUUCACACACCUUUAUUGACGAUCCGGCUCCAUGGUGGAGAGUCGAUCUUGGAGUGGACCACUGCAUCGGGAAAGUCCGAGUUCUGAAUCGUGGAGUCUGCUGCAGCGAUCGAUUGACAGGCGCUGUUGUCCGCGCUGGUAACAGCACCACUGUCACCGACAACCCGACUUGUGGCUCACCCGUCACCGCUGACCAAGCCCAACCACUCGGUGGUACCAUCGACUUUGAUUGCCGCCCGCAGUUGAGGGCGCGCUACAUAAGCGUGGAUAUCCCCCACAGGGCUACCUUGCAACUUUGUGAGGUCACGGCAGAGGAAGUACCCCUUGAUUGCUGCUUGGGUAAGAGCAAUGGCGCAUGAACAAAACUGCCAGUGAAUGCGUACAUGUACGGCAUAUUUUAUUUCAUCUCUCUUUACUUUAGCCAGUUUGUUUUAAGACGUCAUUGAUAGUAUGACUUUGAAUAGUUUCUACAACUUUGGAAUUUAUUAAUUGACGAGACAUAUGACUUCGGGAAUCAUGCGUGUACAAACAAAUGCAUGCUUCGAAGUCAACAAGCAUUGCUGUAUUAAUCAAUGCAGUAUUAGUUAGCUGCGGAUAGCAGCUCUACAAGUACUCAUGUCAUUCCGUUAGUUCGUAGGUUGGUAAAGUUAGUUAGUUGGUUAGUUAGUUAGUAACAAACGUUCACAUUGUUUAUUGCCCCUACAAAUUUUAACCGAUUUCAACCAAAGUUUGUCAAAAGUAGCAGUAGCCCAGCCUCAACAUUUCACAUGAUCAGACUGGGGUCAAAGGUCAUCAUGGAGUCAAGGUCAAAGCAACGUCAAAUUUCAAAUAAGCUCAAAUAAGCUCAAAUAAGCCCAAAUGACAAAAGCAGUGCUGUCAACAUGUUGGCCGUGGUCAAACUUUAAAAUAUGUCCGUGGUGACCUCUUCGCCUGACCUACCGUGAGUUAUAGGGUCAAAGGUCAAAAGAGGUCAAAUUUGAAAAAAAAACACCCUCAAAUGACAAAAGUAGCGCUGUCAACAUGUUGGCCUGCGUCAAACAUUAAAAUAUGUCCAUACAGCUAUGGGGUCAAAGGUCAAAAUAAGGUGAACACGCAUUCGUUGGCCCGCAGCUCCCGAGAUCUGAUCGAGCUUGUUUUUUUAAGUACUUUGUUUCAAAACAUUGUAUGGGCCCUAUUUGAUUUUGUUGAUACAAAAUUUAGAAUUUCGUUGCACAAUACGUUGACUCUGAACCUUUAGAACCUCAAGGCCCCGUGCGGUGAAUUUUUCUUAGGAACGAACACGUUUUAUGCAAAUUUCUACUCCUCUUAAAAGUUGGAAAACUAUUUGACAUCUCUUUUUGGUUCAUCUUAUUGAACAGUGCCUUUAUUUCCAUACUUUUCCGGACAAAUGAAGGCACUAAUGCUGUGAUGUCGUUCCAGGAAGACACUGUUCAGUUAAGGGGUUUUCUGUUUAAAUAUUUACCCAAAAUCUGCUCUUUGAAAACGUUUUGUGAGAAAAUGAUUUAAAAUUGAUAUGAAUUGACUUUAUGUUUGAAUGUAAAAAAAUUAAACAAAAUUGUAAAAAUGAAUAAAGAUGUUAUAAUAUUGAUU